AUGGAUUAAAAGGAUUAAGAAGAAUAAACUUUUAAAAAGUAAAGAGAAAUAUAAUAGUAUUAGUUUCGUAAAAAAUAAUCUGCUAGUUUUCUUUACCUAUAAUCCCAAAGUUCAUAAAAGUCUUAACUAUUCAAGAAUUUACAACAGUUAUUGGUGUGUAAGAAUUGAAUAAACUUAAUUAGAUUCUAGAAGUAGUACAAAUAAUAUUAGUAAAUGUUGUAUUUAGUGCUACAAAGUAAUAAUUGCCAAUGAUAUUUUUCACAAUAUUAAUCUGUUUAACCAUAUUAAUUAAUUGUAUGAUAAGAAUAGGAAACAAUUACUAAUACUUUUAAUAUGUAAGAAGAAUAUUAAUGAUAUAAGUUUACAAUAUUAACAAUAAUUAUAGUUUUGAUAGAAAUAGCUCCAAUAUAUUUUACAGUCUAAAGGUAAGAGUAUUUUUAAUAAAGAUUGUUAUUAAUUAAUAAACACAUUAUGUUAGAUGAUUGAAUCAUAUGGAUAACAUACUAUGUAAUCAGAAGAAGCUUGUUAAUCUCAGUAUAUAUUAUAUUAUAUAUGGUUCUUAAUUAUGGGAAUUUAUUUUAUUUUUAGAGUGAGCAAAGUUUUAAUAUUUUAAGUCUAUUGGUGUUUAUUUGGCAUAUGUUGCAUAUAAAUUUUUGAGAGCUAAGCAUAAUAUUGAAGAAACAAAGAAGAAAAGAAAACUAAGAUAUUUAGAAAUGUACAAAGAAAAAGAGUAAAAGAAAGGGGAAAUCUAAAAUUAGAAAUAUGGUGAUCGUAAAUUAUGAUUAUAAAUAUAUAUUUAUGAUUGCAUAAAUAAAAG